AAAAAUAAAAAAAACGACGUAGUUUGAUUCUUCUCGAUCUCCAUCCUCUCUCUUCCAUGAUUCGUACCACUUCCACAGAUUUUUCUUUGUUUUUUCUGUAAACCCUAGCUCGAAUCCUUUUCAUUUUCCCCUUCCUUCGUUGAUUUUGGGUGUUGUUUGUUUCAUUUCUUUCCCUUCUUGUGGGAAGGCAAGUGUGGGAAGGCUAUCCCUUAUUCUCUAUUCUCCUUUCCCAUCAUAGGAGUUGGAUUUGGGAUUCCCUUCCUGCUCUUUCUUUACCUGCCGGAAAACUGUACGGGGAGCUGAGAUUUGGGUUUUUGGUUCCUAAUGCAAUUCCGGCUGCUUUUGGGCUUUCGUAUUUGAUUGGUUCUACGUCCUUUUCCAAGAUGGGUUCUGUAAUCUCUGAUCAAAUUUUGGGAACUUUUGUACCAAUUCUGGUUUAUUGGCUAUAUUCUGGGUUUUAUAUUCUUCUUGGCUCAUUUGAGAACUACCGGUUGCACUCCAAGAAAGAUGAGCAGGAGAAGAACUUAGUGUCCAAAAGCACUGUGGUUAGAGGCGUUUUCCUUCAACAGACUAUUCAAGCAGUCGUUGCAAUCCUUUUGUUUAAGGUGACUGAAAAUGAUGGGGAGGUUGCUGCAGGUUCAAAAUCUUGGCUAACAAUCGUAGUUCAGUUUAUUGUUGCGAUGCUGGUGUUGGACACUUGGCAGUAUUUUAUUCACAGAUACAUGCAUCAGAACAAGUUUCUAUACAAGCACGUCCAUUCCCAGCAUCACCGUUUGGUUGUACCUUAUGCAUUUGGAGCUUUAUACAAUCAUCCGUUGGAGGGUCUUCUCCUUGACACAAUUGGUGGGGCUUUAUCUUUUCUCGUUUCUGGGAUGUCACCUCGAGUUUCCAUCUUUUUCUUUUCCUUUGCCACCAUCAAAACAGUGGAUGACCAUUGUGGAUUAUGGCUUCCUGGGAACCUUUUCCAUGUGUUCUUCAGAAACAAUUCUGCAUAUCAUGAUGUCCAUCACCAGCUAUAUGGCAGUAAGUAUAACUUUUCGCAGCCAUUUUUUGUUACAUGGGAUAGAAUAUUUGGCACCUAUAUGCCUUACUCAUUAGAGAAGAGAGCAGGGGGUGGUUUCGAAGCACGAGUUAAGGAAGAUUAGUUGUUCCAUAGCAAUCAUAUAUUAUUUGUCCCAGUGUUAAUUUUUUUCUCCCUGUUAGCCAGCCACCAUACUGCUAAAUUUGUAUCAUACGCCUAUUCUUGUGUCUUACACUUUUGUUACUAUCAUUUUCUCGAAGUUCCAUAGCUGAAUCAUGUUGUGAUUUGAAGAACCCUUUUCCUUUUCCUUGUACCUACUCCUUGUGAACAGAGAACCCCUUUGAUUUUUUUUUUCUUUCGGAUUGGGGUUAACCAGUACUUAAUGACAUUCUGAAGUA